AAACAUUGUUUAGACUCUUCUAAACUGUUAUAUUCUAGUAACUUGACUUUGAUUUAAUUCCUAAUUUUGCUGGAGUAAUGUCUGAUGAAGAUUUCGAUACAGAUUGCUAUUGCUUUCACCUAUCGAAGGAAUGGAGAACUUGUGAACUGCAAGUAUAGGAUUAUUACUAAGAAAUUUUGGCGGGAAAUGAAUACUCAGAAGAUUUUUUAUGGACUGGAUGAUAUAAAGGGAGCUAGUGAUAUUAUCAUUGUUGAAGGUGAAAUUGAUAAGCUUGCAAUGGAAGAAGCUGGUUUUAAAAACUGUGCGAGUGUUCCAGACGGUGCACCUCCAAAAGUCUCAAAGAAAGAGCUGCCUUCUGCUGAAGAGGACACAAAGUAUCAAUAUUUAUGGAACUGCAAAGAGUACAUUGAAAAGGUAUCUCGCAUAAUACUUGCCACAGAUGGGGACCCACCUGGUCAAGCUUUGGCUGAAGAACUUGCCCGCCGCUUAGGGAAAGAAAGGUGUUGGCGAGUCAAAUGGCCAAAGAAGAAUAAUGCUGAAUCUUUUAAAGAUGCAAACGAGGUCCUUAUGUCUAUGGGCCCUGCUGCAUUGAGGAAAGUCAUUGAAAAUGCUGAACUUUAUCCCAUAAAGGGGUUGUUCAAUUUUAAAGAUUACAGAGAUUGACCAGUAUUAUCCUCAAAUACUUGGCUAUGAGCUUGGAGUUUCAACUGGAUGGAGGAAUUUGAAUGAAUUAUAUAAUGAAGAAAACAGUGGGGAAAUUUGGUUUGGGACUUUUUUUGCUGUAAAUUUCAUUUUCUGGAAAGUUAAUUUAUAAUGCUUUGGAGUAUCCGUUACAUUCUGCAACAUGCAAGGUGAUAAGAGUAGGAAGUUUUCAAUGUGAUAAGCACUGUAAUAAACCUGAGUUAUUAAAACUUAUUCCCCAUCUCCCGGGACAAGACGGUUAAGAAA